CCGGAAGUAGAGUUUAGCGUCCUAACAACAACAACACAGCUAGCAGCGUUAGCUCGAAGGAAAGCGACGAGUGUUUGUUUCUGCUGAGUUGGGACUGAACAACAGGUACGCUGGAAUUUUCUGACACCCACUCGGACAUGUCCUAUGUCUUCAUCAACGACUCGUCGCAGUUCAACGUGCCGCUGCUGCAGGCGUGCAUCGACGGAGACCUGCCCUUCGCCAAGAGGCUCCUGGAGACGGGAUGCGACCCCAACAUCCGGGACAACCGGGGCCGCACGGGCCUGCACCUAGCCGCCGCCCGAGGGAACGUGGACAUCUGUCGCCUGCUGCACAAGUUCGGGGCGGAUCUGCUGGCGACUGAUUACCAAGGAAACACAGCGCUGCAUCUGUGCGGCCACGUGGACACGAUACAGUUCCUGGUGUCCAACGGCCUGAAGAUUGAUAUCUGUAAUCACAACGGGUCGACUCCUCUGGUGCUGGCGAAGCGGCGCGGCGUCAACAAGGACGCCAUCCGCCUGCUGGAGGGUCUCGAGGAGCAGGAGGUGAAAGGGUUCAACCGAGGGCCGCACUCCAAGCUGGAGACCAUGCAGAUGGCCGACAGUGAGAGUGCGAUGGAGAGCCACUCUCUGCUCAACCCCAACCUGCAGAGCAGCGAGGGGGUCCUCUCCAGCUUCAGGACCACCUGGCAGGAGUUCGUGGAGGACCUGGGCUUCUGGAGGGUUCUGCUGCUGCUCGUGGUCAUCGCCCUCCUCUCGCUGGGCAUCGCCUACUACGUCAGCGGCGUCCUUCCUUUCUCCACCAGUCAGCUGGAGCUGGUCCACUGAGGUGGAAGGCUGGGGGGGGGGGAUGAGGGCAGUGAGGAACAAGCAUGGCUUCAGAGGGUAGGAAGAUAAUCAAGGGAAGUUCUGCUUUCGACUGUUUGUACCUAAACUCCGAUUGUUGCUUAUUUGCUGCCCUGAUCUCAUGUUUUAUUCUCUGUACAAAUAGCUAAAGCAUCAUUGUUUUGUUAUUAAAUUGCAUUUUUAAAACGCACUGAUGCAAAAGCGCAAAACCCAUUAAAAGCUUAAAAACAAUUACUUAAACAAGCAAUGUAAACUUUUGCGAGGUUGUGGGAUGACUAACAGAAAGACCAACACUGAGACAACAUGUGGGAAGCAACACUACGUAACUUCUAGUAAGCAACACAACUACCCAUGAUCCUUUGCUUCCUGAACCUGAAGAGCUGCUUCUGCAAGAAAUCCACCAAACUUUUGUUUAGAAUUCGUCCUUUUUUAGAGUGUUUUUAACUUCUCACAGGAAAUGGAACCCACUCACCAGAGUUACACAGAACAGAUGUUCAGGGAGUGAAGGAGGAAACUUUUGCCUGAUUCACACUCACACAUCAGACUCACUUUAAGCAAGCUGGUUGUUUAAGGUUCAAAAAAAGUUCCAUAGUGUUGCUUCAACGUGCCACAUUUUAUGAAACACGUCCCGCUCAUUUCAAGCUGCUUCUGAAACUGUUAUAGUGACGACAAUAUGAUGCUUGUUUUGUUACACACAGUCAUACAAUGACAUAUCCUGCUUUCCUUCCCUGUUACAAGCUGUAUAUUUGCAACACUCUUUUAUUUUUAUGUUUGUUUGUCUAGUUUCUCUGUCGUGCUAUUUAUCAAAUGUCCUCUCUAUUCAUUUCCUUUCGUAUUGUUUGCUUGUGUUAAAAUGCUUUGCCUCUUAUUGUCUAUAACCCGGUUUGCUCUUGAAAUGUCUGCAUUUAUUAAUUCAAUGAAUAUCUUAAUCCUGAUAAGUGAAGCGGUUUAGAACAGCACCUUGACUGUGUGCCUUUUGAGUUCAUUGACAUUCCUGCCUGAAUCAUGAAGCAUUUUUGCAUUAAAAUCUACCGCAUUGUUUUGAACAUCAUCUCCAGACGCAAUGCUUAUAAACUAGGAUUAUGGCAGCAGAUUAAAGGUUAUAGCUUGUUCUCUUUGUAUAUUCGUUAUACUACAUUCAUGUCCUCGGAAACUGUCCAUUUUAUUUGUUGUAGGUUUUUCCCGAGUUGAUUUUCUGUGAACAAUAACACAUUUAAUGUAAUUCCUAAUUUAACGUGGAAAUAAAGAAUGUGUAUGAAUGA